AUGACUAGCCCUUUUGAGGUGUCUGAGAGACAGCCAUUACUUACCGAGCCACGAAGCGUGGCAAAUAGUGACGAAGUUAGUGCCUUUGGAGAAUUUCCAUCACCGGGCAAGAAGCAAAGAAAUGUUUCGAUUGUUCGAGCAAGAUUAAAGUUCAUAUUUCCAGCACUAGCUAUUGGGAUUUUCUUGGCUGCUGGCGACCAAACAAUUGUCGUAUCCAGUUAUGGUCGCAUAGGAAGUGAUCUAGAUGAGUUGGAUAAGGUAGCGUGGCUAGCCACUGCGUACCUUUGCACCACAACUGCGUUUCAGCCUUUAUACGGGAAACUCACGGAUAUUUUUGGCCGAAAAGCUUGCCUUCUUUCUGCAUAUUGUAUUUUCGGACUGGGGGCGUUACUCUGCGGUCUAGCCCAGAAUAUGGAUCAGCUUAUUGUUGCAAGGGCUCUGACUGGUAUCGGUGCUGGAGGCAUUAUCACCGUCGUUUCCAUUUUGCUUAGCGACAUUGUUACUCUAGAAGAGCGAGGAAUCUGGCAAGGUUAUGUGAAUAUGGUAUUUGCAUGUGGAGCGGGCGCUGGGGCACCACUUGGAGGUAUUUUGACAGAUGCAAUCGGUUGGAGAUGGGCUUUCAUCGCACAAGCGCCGCUGUGUAUGAUUGCGAUUUCUCUUGUCGCUGUAUUGCUGCAAUUACCAACUGAAUCUCACCACCAGAAGGACGAGCAGAAAACGAAAAUAAAGCAGGUUGACUUCUUGGGAGCGGUUAGCCUGAUUGCCUGUCUGGUAUUACUGCUUGUAUUUUUGGACACGAUAGCAUCAGAUAGAGCCAAUCAUUUGGUUUCAUACCUCUGGCUGAUCAGCAGCGCGGUAUGCUUCGUCGUCUUUUUAUGGGUAGAGAAUAGUUUCGCGCUCUACCCGCUGACACCACUCCGCAUCCUCUUCGGAAAGAACUUUCUCGGAGCAUAUAUCGCCCUCGCGUUCGGAAAUGUUGCCUGGUAUGGAAUCAUUUUCUACGUGCCGUUGCUAUAUCAAGCAAUUGGUCAUCUCUCGGCUUCUGCGGCUGGAACUCUACUGUUGCCAGGAAUCGGCUCUGGAGUUAUUGGAGGCUUUAUCGGCGGUACUAUACUGAAACGACGGGGGGCCACCGGGUUUUCCUCCCUGGCACUAGCAUCAUAUCCCCUGGUUGCAAUGGCAAGCGUAGGCGUUGCUCUAGGAGCAGGCUUCUUUGCGAGAGACAUACCACUGACUGCCAUUGUCCUUGCCGUAAGCAUUAGCUUGUUCGUUGGUGGGCUAGGCAAUGGUGGAGGUAUGGCAGCUACAUUGGUAGUUGUCAUUGUCGUAGCGAGUCCAGAAGACCAAGCCGUCGCAACGGCUUGCGUAUAUCUGUAUCGCCAACUCGGAACCACCAUUGGUCUAGCCAUAAUAUCACUUGUGUUCCGGCGCGUUUUGGCAUCCAAUUUGAUCGAUCGGCUGGUAGACGCGCCUGAAUUAGGGUUGGACACGGGCGAGGUUCUCAAAGGCGUGAGCGAAUCUUUGGAGUAUCUUGAUCAACUCCCAAUUAAGGGUCGCAUAAUCGUGGAGGCAGCAUACGGAAAGGCUUGUAGGGCUGUCUUUUUGGUGUGUGCAGGAUUGGCUAUCUGCGCAUUCAUUAGUUCGUGGUUUAUCAAUGAGAGCAGAGUCGAAGGGCAAGAGCGCAAUCGACCAGAAGAAUAUGGAUCCAUAGAUGAAGAAAACGGUGUAGGUGGAAGUUUAAGGAGUUGA